GCUUCUCAAUCGCUUCUGGCAGUCGUAUAUCUCACUCGUUGCUUCGCUUAUUGAGAAAAAUCGUGUCCCGCGAAGGGAUCGCCGACGAGGAAAUUCGUAGCAUUGUGUCUCGUCCACCGCUGGACGUUCUCGCGAAAUCAUGGAGGUCCUACCGUGUCCCGUCAACGUAGACUUCAGCAACACUAGAGCUGGAAGUGAGACGGACGAAUUGGACGGUGCUUGCCAAGCGCUGGCAAAGAGGCUCGAAGUCGAGCUUAGGAGGGCUAAACACGCCCAGCUGGCCUGCGGCGAGGUCCUCCUACCGGCCAAUUUGCUGCCUAAAGUAGCCAAAGACGUACUUACUAUGGCCGAAAACGAACCCUGUGGCCUUAGAGGCUGCACGCUAUUCAUUAGCUUCGAAACGGACAGCAUGUGUCGCAAACUGUCAAAAAUACAGUGCGAUCCGAAUGCUGUAUCGACGUUCGAGCUCUAUCUCACAUUGAAGCAGGAUUACACGUCCUGGCACAUGCUGCUACCUCAAUUCUUAAAAAAUCUCACGCGUGGCGGUACCAUCAUGAUCAGUAGAGAUUUUACUUUGGAGAAGAAGAAACUCUACAGAUCCUACCAGCAGUCUCAUUGAAGGAUUUUGGAUCACACAUUUUGCACGUCUUUCAUCCGUUUUUUGCCUGUCGCAUAAACGGACGUGGCCAUUUUUGUCAGUCUGUCGCCCUAUGGGGAAAUGUCAGCUGAAUUUGUACAAUAUCGCAAGACCAGGGAAAGAAGAGAUUCUAAGGAUGACGGAAGCAACAAUGCAGACCAGAGGUUAGACUUUUGUCAUUGUAAUGACACGCGAUUGCGAGAUAUUUUGCGUUUAACCUUUUAACCGAAUAAAUAUAUGGAUUUUCUAUACAGAGCGACAUUUUGGAGAGAAGCUUACUCUUGUGCGAAAAAGAAUAUCGUGAAUUUCAGAAAGAUGUAAAAUAGUUUGUGUAACACCGCUUUAUACAGUUGCAGUGAAUGCGAUUGAUCUUUCGAAAAAUUAGACCUCAUGUAUCUAAUGAUGUAUAGGUCUAAUAAUUCGAAAAUUUUGACAAUUAGCAGUUUGAUAAACCAGAAUUUAAAGAACUAAGAAUUUACAGAUUUCAGAAUUCACAAGAUUUUUAAAAGAGUUUGAUACAU